AUGACACUUCAGGCGUCGCCUCCCCCCAUCGCGGGGCAGGGCGGCGGGACGAAGCGCUUUUCCCCCCGCUUCCCGGCCAAGCAAACCCGGGCUCCGGCGGGGCUCCUCCCGUCGGGCCGGGAGUCCCCCGGUGUCCCACCCCCGCUGGCCCGGGGGAAGGCAGGGCGCAGCCCAGCAGCGGAAAGCAGAGCCCAGGGUGCCCGGAGCCUGGGCGGCCCCAGCCCGGCCAGCACCCCCGCGGGGGAGGGAAGCGAGACCGGCUUUCUCCCGGUGCUUUACCUCUGUACACCGGGGAACUGGGGCUCCGUCUCUCAGGCAUUUGGUAUGAAGACACUUUUGGACAAGUAUGGGUGGUUGCUAUUCUCCAAAGUGAAACUGAUUGAAACACAGGCACAACAAACAGGACUCAAUUUUAUUUGGAACUUAUCAUCACUGUUCCUUUACCAGCCAAAUGGGAUGCUGUUGAGUGACAUGGUGGACUCCACUGGAAGGACAAGAAAAUCAUACAGCAGAUGGGAGAAUGGCCAUCCUCUAACCAUAUUGAGUGGUGCUUAUUCACGGGUCAUAACCCAAAACCAAAUUGUUUGUGUUUGUCUGCAUUCUUGUUCUGAUCUUGCAGCAAUGAUUGAGUUCAGCCUGAAAUUUAAUGCACAAAAAAUACAGAAAAGUAAGGCUGACAAAACUCAAGAUUAAACAAAUGCAUGACAACAGCAAGUGAGUUUGAUCUUUAAAACCAGAAAAUUUUCUGUACCAAACUGCCUUUCCUCAGUGCAGUCUGCAUAAAGGAAGGAGCAGAAGCAGCUGCAACCACCCCAGCUUCAGAGAUGGAGCUCCCAGUAGUCAGUCUGUAAGAAAACACCUGGCAGGCCUUAACGAACAUUAUUUUCUAGAAUGUUCCCAGAGCUCUGUUGGCAGGGAAAUAUUCAUGACUUGUAAGGGAGAACAUAAAGAGGCAGUUCUCCAUGGUUUGACUUAUAAAAGCUUUCCUUACGGGCAGAAUUAAUUAUAUAUCAUAAAAAUCUGUUAUAUAUUCUGUUUAUACAAUUAUAAAGCAUUAUGGUUAAUUAGUUGUGGUACAGACUCCUGAAGCAGAAUCUGGUUAGAGAAUAAACAAAACGCUCAGUCAGCUGUGACCAUGGUUAGCAACUCACACUUUCAUAUCAGCUUUCACACUUAACUCUCUUGAAGUGAUUUAUAAGUUAUGCAAUCCAGUGGGCUUGACCUUUGUCUAUUUGGUAAUUUUUUGGUUUAUAUAAAAUUAGAAUAUGCUGAUCAGAAAUGGUCUGAGAU